AUGGAGCGAGGUAUGCCGGACCAUGAUGCCCGACGGCGGCCCUCGCCCAGCUGUGACGCCACGCCCCUUGUCCCGAACCUGCUGCUCAUGGCUGCUUGCACGGACUGUUCGAGAGUUGGCCUUGCCAGCCACCUCGCUUGCGCCAACCCUUUAAAGACUAGCCCUGGCCAGCCCUUGAGGAAUGCAUCCCGUCCCCUUACCCACACUCGACGAUCCGACCUGCCCCUCGCCCUCUCCCCUUUGAGUGCACUGCUUGUCCGUCGACCUUGCCAUUCCCCUUCUGUUCUCACCACCACCAACCUCGUCUCGACACAUCCUCCCUACUUUCAUAUCGACUUGACGUGGUCGCUGCCUACCAUCAUGCAGUUCAAGUCCUCCAUCCUUCUCAUGGGCCUGGCCGCUGCAGGCCUCGCCUCGGCUGCCCCCGCCGUUGCCGACGCUGCCGCGCCUGCAGUCGAGCGAUCCGAGCCCGUUGCUACCACCAACAACGUUCAGCGCGACACCACCGACGCCGCUCCUUCGGCUGACUACGGCAUCGGCCCUCCCAUGGACCAGUGGAGCUACAAGCGUGAUGGCCAGCCCGCCGGUGACUUUGGUGUUGGCCGUGCCGACAGGUGGAGCUAUAAGAAGCGCCAGGGCGAGCCCGCUGGCGACUUUGGUGUUGGCCGCGCUGACAGGUGGAGCUACAAGCGCGAUGGCGAGCCCGCCGCUGACUACGGCAUCGGUCCCCCCGACCACGCACCUACGAUGAGGGCUUCUCGACCUGCAUCUGGCCAUGUGGACGUAGCAUUGCGCUGGUGCAUUGUCGAGUCUCCCGCUCCUGCGCGGCUCUACUCAGCCUUGACCGAACGGGACCGGUGCCCCAAAGCAAGGCUGUGCACCGCCAGGCGCAUCUUCUCCGCUUGCGCGCUUGCCUGUCGUCCUGUCUCUCUGGACCGUACGUCUACGUUGGAUGCUCCUUGGGGUCGAAGCUCGAACGAUCAGGUGAGACAUGGCCAUUCGGGCCGGGACGAAGGGACGGUCGAUCGCUUUGCCAAGUUUCGUGAUACGGCAGCUAGGCCGUUGAAGAGGCGCAAGAGCUGCGCGACUACCGGACCAGCAUGGUGCACAGCGUCCCCGGGGAGUCGAGGCCGAAAGAUCGCUCGCGUCGAACACGCGAUCGUUGCGCCACUCGUAUUUCCGGAAGCUUUCCUCACCGAGGAGCAGGUCGAGCAAGUCACGAGAUUCUUCGAAUCAGCAGGACUUGGAGAUACACUUGCGCAGCUUCAAGGCCGAGAAUCGUCGGAUUUGUCAGGCAGAUCUCGGGCAGGACAGUGGGAUGAAUCAAGCUCAUCGCAGACUACUGUACGUGGAGGGCAUACGAACAACUGGGCGGUGCUGGUGUGCACGUCCAAGUUCUGGUUCAACUACCGUCACAUUGCCAACACUCUCGGCAUGUACCGAACGGUCAAGCGGCUGGGCAUUCCGGACAGCAACAUCAUCCUCAUGCUUGCGGACGACGCCGCAUGCAAUCCGCGCAACAAGUUCCCCGGAAAUGUUUGGGCGUCGACUGCCAAUCGCCUCGACCUUUACGGGCACAAUAUCGAGGUCGACUAUCGGGGCUACGAGGUGUCGGUGGAAAACCUCAUCCGGCUUCUCACGGGGCGACUGCCGCCCACGACGCCCAAGUCGAAGCGUCUCGAGAGCGAUGCUCGUUCCAACGUGUUCCUGUACAUGACGGGGCAUGGGGGGGACGAGUUCCUCAAGUUCCAGGACUACGAGGAGAUCUCGGCGGUGGAUAUAGCGGAUGCGAUCGAGCAGAUGUGGCAGAAGAAACGAUACCACCAGCUCUUCUUUAUGGUGGAUACGUGCCAGGCCAACACGCUGUAUACGCGUAUCUACUCGCCCAACGUGCUGGCGACAGGAUCAUCCGCCAAGGGCCAGAACUCGUACUCGCAUGGCGCUGACGACGAUCUGGGCGUGGCCAUGAUUGAUCGGUUCACCAACUUUGUGCUGGAAUGGAUGGAGGACAAGAACAAGACGUCGGAUGCUACGAUGCAAGAUCUGUUUGCAGCGUACGAUCCGAGUCGGAUCGAGUCGGAUCCAGGCGUGCGCACCGACCUGUUUCCGUGGCCAUUGACGGAUGUCAAGAUCACCGACUUUUUCGGCGGCGUCGCCCAGGUCGAUCUCACGCAUCAGAGCACCGACACGCCGUUUCUCAUGUCCUAG